GGCUAAUACUGAUCAUGAUCCUAGCAUCCCUGUUGUUCCUUUCCUUCUUGUUUCUUCUUUUCUUUUUCUGCAAAUUUGGGCUGCGUGAGAUUGAUAAAGCCGUCUAUCACUGCUUCGUUGGUUCAGGGAUUCCUGGAGAUGGUAGGUGCUUGUUCCGGUCUGUUGUCCAUGGUGCUUGCCUUAGAUCAGGGAAGCCAUCUCCCAGCGAAACCGUCGAGAAAGAACUUGCUGAUGAACUGAGAGACAAGGUUGCAGAUGAAUUCAUUAAGAGGAGGAAGGAGACUGAGUGGUUUAUCGAGGAUGAUUUCGACACAUACGUUGGACAUAUGAGACAGCCUCAUGUAUGGGGAGGAGAACCUGAGCUUCUUAUGUCCUCCCAUGUCCUAAAGAUGCCAAUCACGGUUUACAUGAGGGAUAAGGCUCCUGGAAACCACAAGAUCAUAGCCGAAUAUGGGCAAGAGUAUCAUGGCAACGAGAACCCCAUACGGGUCCUGUAUCAUGGUUAUGGCCAUUAUGACGCGCUUCAGACACCGGUUUCUGCUUCAGAAUCCAAGCUGUUCAAGAGAAGAUGAAGGAAGAAAUCACUAGAAAAUUAACCAUGUAACAUCUGUAAAUACAUUAACACGAACGAAGAUGAUUUGAUGGUGCUACUCCAAAAAGCACCCAAAAGGUUCCAGCCAAAUUUGGUGAUGUUACAUUGUUGUUCUUUCAGUUUUAAACAUGUAAUUAGGAAUGGCAACAUGAGGUACCCAUAUCUGCCUCUUGUAAUUUGGGUUGCCCCUUGCGUUGCAUGAUCAGAUCAGGUAAUUUUGUUUGGUGUACAAGUCAGAGCAAAAUGAAUCAUUCUGAUAUAUGAUAUGAAAAAAGUACAG